CGGCCCUCGGCCCCCCGUCGCCCCGCCGGGUCCCCCACGGGACCCCCACCGCCGCGGCCUCGCCCGCCGCGCUCCCGCCCGGAAGCCGGGCGCCCGCCGCCGUCUGGCGGGUGUCCACGCCGCCAUGCCCUCUCUAGGAGACCUGGUGCGCGACUGGCAGCGGGGCGUGCAGGCUGUGGCGCGCGGGGACUGGGGCUGCGCCCUCCGCCUCUUCUCGGGCGACCCCGAGCCGCCCGCCAGGACGUGCUUCAACGUGGGCUGCGUGCACCUGCUGGCCGGGGACCCGGAGGCCGCGCUGCGGGCAUUUGACCAAGCAGUGACCAAGGACACCUGCAUGGCUGUUGGCUUCUUCCAGCGAGGAGUGGCCAACUUCCAGCUGGAGAGGUUCCAGGAGGCCCUGUCCGACUUCCGGCUGGCCCUGGCACAGCUAAGGGAUAAUGCCACCAUUGACUACACGCAGCUGGGCCUGCGGUUCAAGCUGAAGGCCUGGGAGGUGCUCUUCAACGUGGGGGCGGCACAGUGCCGGCUGGGACUCUGGGCUGAGGCCACCCACAGCCUAGAGGAGGCCCUCUCGAAGGGGCCGGAAGGGGCCGACGACCUGCACGCCGCCCUGGACCAACUGCAGAAACAGGCCCCCCUGCAGCCUCGGCAGGUCCCCAGGGGUGAGGUCUUCCGGCCCCACAGGCGGCACCUGGAGCAUCUGGAACCAGUGGAUUUCCUAGGCAAGGCCAAGGUGGUAGCCUCUGCCAUCCCCGAAGACCAGCACGAGGGCACCCAGCCUCAGCAGCCCCAGGUUCAGGAUGCCAAUGGUGAAGGCAGACCUGGAGCCGCCCCACGGGCUGGAGACUCAGGCCCCUGCAGAACUGCCACCCCCUGUGGUCCCAGGAUGCCCCUUGAGGCAGAAACAGAGGUUGGCUCUGGACAGGUGGUGCAGGUCAUCUACGAUGAGCAGAGGCCCCGUGUGGAGCAAGUUGGCAAACAGGUUCCUCCAGGGCCGCUGGUGGCAGGGGCGCCGGACCCCAGCCCUUCGGAGGAUCCCUCGGGUGCUGGGGGAGUGGCCGUGGGGGACCCUGCAUCCUCGGUGACCAUCACAGUGCAGUGUGCCUUCACCCUGGCCCUGAAGGUCCCUAGAGGAGCUGACCUGUCCAGCCUGCGGAGCCUGCUGAGCCAAGCCCUGUCUCGCCAGGCCCAGCGUGGGCAGCUCAGUUACCGAGACCCCAGCAACAAGGGGCGCUGGGUCCCCCUCUCCGGGGAGGAGGCACUGCAGAGGGCCUGGCGGGACGUGGUGGCCAGCCCGGGGGUCCUGCAGCUCCAGUGCCAGGGAGCAGGUGGCCGACCUGCCCUCUGCCAGGUGGUGGCCCAGCACAGCUACUCUGCCCGGGGGCCCGAGGACCUGGCCUUGCAGCGGGGGGAUGUCGUGGACGUCCUGUGUGAAGUGGACCAGGCAUGGCUGGAGGGUCACUGUGAUGGCCGCGUCGGCAUUUUCCCCAAGUGCUUUGUGGUCCCAGCUGGACAGUACGUGUGAGGAGCCCGACACCCCUACCCGGAGCCCCGCCCAGCCCAAACCCAGUGAAGAAAU